GUGUUAGCCUGUCUUGCACCCUGUUCCUGUAGACUGAGACAGACACAGUAGGUACAAUGGCGUCCCAGGCAGGGGUUCCCUUCUGUCUGAAAGAUACCAUUAUUCAGCUGUUGAAACCCCAAAGGGUCCAGUUUAUGACCAGUGUGCAACUCAACCAGUCCAGGGACCGGUCAGAAACCAGAAUCCUCGUUAUGACUCAGUGGAGAGCUCAUAUGUUCCACAGCAAGCAGCCAGUGAAGGUGGAAAGUUCCUUCAACUAUCUGGAGAUUCAUGCCAUCUUCAUCGAGAGUCUUGAGCAGGUGAAUAUUGAAACAGACAGACAGGUUUAUUCUCUCACAUUGAGGUCAGUGGAAGACCUGGAGGCCAUGGUCAGUCAUGUGACAGCUUCCCUCAAGAAAAUCUUUCCAGAUUCGUCACCAGGGAAGCUGUUGAAGAAGGUUUCUCCUGAGUUCCAGGACAGGCUGUUGUCUCUUGCCUCCAGAGUCGAGGAGCAGCUAAAUGGAUUUUAUGGACCGUGUGGGGGUUUCUCAGACACCUAUGCAGCGCUGUGUGAUUACAAUGAGUUCCCAUGUCGUGAUGAAGUCCACUGGGACGUGCACAAUAUUUACCAUGUUCAGAACUGUCGAGAUUUCAACAUUGUGGACUUCAGUCAUUUAGAAAGCAGAGAUUUGGCAUUGGCUGUUGGCGCUCUUUCCUUCAACCAGUGGUUCACCAAAAUCUGCAGCAAGGACUUCAAAUUGACACUAGACGUGCAGGAGCAGGUGAUCUACCUCAUUAACCGAUCCACGGCUCUGCAGGAGUUGUGCCUGGAGGCAGGCGGACUCAAAGCGGAUUUUGCUAUAAAGCUGGCCGGAGCUCUUCAUGAACAGCGUGCCUCUGCUCUCCAUGUCAUCAAUCUGUCUGCCAACCCUAUAGAGGAUAAAGGUGUAAUAUCUCUCAGUCAGAGUUUGUCGCAACUACCACAUAGUCUCAGUCGGCUUUAUCUCUCCAAGAUCUCUCUCUCCUCAAAAGGAUUGGGCAGUGUAGCUCAUAUGCUCCUCCAGACCAAAUCUCUCUCCAACUCAUUGACCCACCUGGACCUGAGUUUAAAUGCAGGAUGCUUGGCUACAGAGGAAGCUUCGAGCUUCUUAAAAUUCCUGUCUUCUCCCAACGCUGUGAUUCACCUGAACCUUAGUGCGACUGACUGUCCUCUAGAUGCUCUCUUUGUCUCUCUCUGUUAUGGAUGCUACACUAGUUUAUCCUACCUCAACCUCUCCAGAAACGUCUUCUCCCAUAGGAAGGUGCGGGAGGUGACACGCAGUGUGAGAGAGUUCUUUACUAAAAGCAUGGAGCUGAAGUACGUGGGGCUGGCCAACACCAAACUACCUCCUGAGGCCCUCAGGUUAUUGCUCCAGGGUCUGGCCACUAACAGUCACCUCUCCGAGCUGGAGCUGGACAUCAGCAGUUGUGAGCUGAGGUCCAGUGGAGCUCAGGUAAUUCAAGAGCACAUCUUUGAGACCAAGGCCAUAGGGAGCUUGAAUCUGUCUGACAAUGGUUUUGAGAAUGACAUGGUUACUCUUGUGCUGUCCAUUGGGCGGAGUAAAUCUAUACGACACCUGGCCAUCGGACGCAACUUCCCGAGGAAAUCUAGAGCUCUGACAGAUGUUCUGCACAGAAUCGUGCACAUGAUUCAGGAAGAAGAUUGUCCUUUGGAGUCUCUAUCUGUGUGUGAUUCCAAGCUAAAUACGGGCACCACCAUCCUCAUAAACAGCCUGGGUAGCAGCUCUGCCCUCUCCAAGAUUGACAUCAGUGGGAACUGCAUCGGAGACACAGGCGCCAAGAUGCUAGCCAAGGUCCUCACAAUCAACACCAAGCUCAGAACUCUGGUCUGGGACCGAAAUAAUGUGACUGCUGUGGGUUUUAUGGAUGUGGCCAAUGCUCUGGAGAGGAACAACACACUACAACACAUGUCCAUCCCGAUGAGUGAUAUGGCACAGGCCUACCGUUCCAACCCAGAGAAAACGGAGGAGGCAAUGCAGAAGAUUCAGGAGUGCUUACGGAGGAAUAGUCAGAGGACAUGCACUUCACCUGAUGAAAUGCUGAGUCUGCAGCAGAGUCUGAAAACCAGCCACUCCGAACAGCAAGUACAGCACGUCUGUCAGAAGCUUCAAGAGACCAUGAGGCCUCUUUCUUGCUACAACAUCCAGGAAGUUCAGAGUGACAUCCUGUCUGCAGAAGAGGCUCUUCAGCACGCCAGAAUAGCCAUUAAAUCUUUACACAGAAUUUAUGAGUUGGGGAGGUCACCCUCUGCUGGUGAUACAGUGCAUCACAUCCUGGCUGAUGUAGCCAAAGCCAUAAGCAGUGAACUGACUGAAGAAAUCCAGGAACAGGCACAGGCGAUGCUGCAGUUUGCCCAGGCAUCCUGCCCCCGAGUUGUCCAGAGAAUGAGUGUCAGCGAGCAGCUGGCCAACCGCGUUGCCAGUAAAACCCAACAAGCCACACGGUUCAUCCACAGCACAGUGAAGGAGGCAGAGAACAGCAUCAGGGAAAAGCUCAGUGAACUGAAACUGUCAGUCAGCGUCUCUCUGGUGGAGAGUAUCAUUGCGGAAGUUCUGCAGGACUUGUCAGUGGCUCAGCAGAAACUGGAUAAGCAUUUAAAGGAGUACUCCCAGCCCAUCAGCAGCAAGACCAACGUGCCCCAGCUAAGAGUGGUGGAGAAUGAGUUCCCUACUGAUGAGUAUGUACCCAUCAUCUGGAGGAAUAGCUUCCAUACCCGGAGUAUUCGGCCGGCUCCUUCUGUUAAAAGUCUGUUGGAAGAGGAAGGCGAGCAGCAGGCUCGGGCGAGUGCGCAUUCCCAGCAGGAGGCGGAGGAACGUGAGAGAGACAGGGAGCGAGCAAGGGAGAGAGAGGGAGGAGGAGGAGCAGGAGGAGGAGGGACUCAGGGCUCCAGGCUGACAGCUGAGGAGAGGGGGCGGCGCUUGUCGUCCUCCUCUUCGUUGGCGACCAGCCUGUCCGUCACGGCAGCCGUAGGCGUACCCAGGACCUCAGGCCCCACCCGGCCAGGGAGGUGGGCGGAACCUGCCGGCUCUGGCUGUGGAGCGGCGUCGGGCAGCAGCAUCACAGAGCCCCGGCGUCCGGAGCCCGUGUCUACUCAGCCCCCUAUGGACCUGCCCAUCGAAGGCCAAACGCUGAGGCACUACACCCGCACCCGGCCCAGACCCAACCGCCGCAACAGGCAGCCACCCAGCAAGCCUCAGGAGCAGGCAGCUGAGAGUGAGAAUGAAGCCAAUGAGAAUAUGGGGAGGGUGGACGAGGGCGUAGAGGAGUUCUUCACCAAGAAGAUCAUCCCUGAUGACCCCCUAAAGCACCAGAGGGAGCAGCCCCUCAAUAAAGCACAGCCUGCAGAGCCCACGUGUGUCACGACCACCCCUCCCACCACCACUACCACCACUACCACGACCCCUACCCCCUCCUCAGCCCCCUCCAAAAACAUUAAGAAGAAGUUUGGCGACUUUUUUGCCUUUAAGAAGGUCCGUGCUGGUCGAGGAGCCAAGGGCGAGGGUGCCCCGGAGGGAAAGGUCAAAAAGACUUCAAUAGCAGACCUCAUCCGACCCCUCCGGGAGGCGGCACGGGCCGAGAAAGAGCGCGAGAAGGAAAGAGAGAGGGAGAAGGAGAGAGAACGAGAGAAAGAAAAAGAGAAGGAGAAAACAGAGGAGGAUAUCAUCGUCAAAGCACCCACCAUUGCUCCCACUCCCACCGUCACAGAUUCGGCCCUCGCUGCACCAGCCGUAGACGAGAAAAUGGCACCUAGAGCUCCUUCACCUCUCCUCAUGCCCACCCCUGCCCCGGCAGCCGCUCCUGCUCCCGCUUCCACCCCCACCCCUCCUGCCUCCUCGCCUGCCAAAACUGAAGAGGUCCCAGCAUUGUCCCCUGCUGCACCCACCUCCCCCACCAAAACUCCCAGUCCCGUAGCAGCAGUGUCACCCUCGGAGCGGGAGAAGAGUCGGACGCUGGAGAAGAGCCGAACCCCCGACGGGGAGAGGAGGCCCAAGCCUACACGUCGUUCUCUCAGAGAGGGCAAGUCACAGUCCCUCAUCCUGCUCACAGGGCUGGAGCCAGAACAGGACACUGCAGCCAUGCAGGCCAAGAAGCACGCGUCCGAAAGCUCCUCCAGUUUUGAACAGCGGCUUCAUGUUAUGCUUCACCGCAUGGGCGUUACCAAGACACCUCCGUCCGACUCCAAAAAGAGCCAGAGCAAAGACGAGGAGCUGAGGAAAGCCAACUCAGAAGGGGCAAUACUGGACAGUAAACCAGAACCUCCACCCACCUAUAUGAAGCCUCGCACAAUGUCCACCUCUUCAGACACCAGGCGCCCAGUGAGAGGAAGCAAUAUGGAACCCCUCCGCACAGAUCGCCCACCGCUUCCAGAACGACCCCUGGGCCCUUUGCCUCCCAAUCCAGCCCUUAAACCCACCCUGAUCCCUCCUGGUGAGCCCCCUGCAGCCUGCCGGACCAUCACACCUGCACCCAGGCAGCCCAGUCCAUCUCCGGAACCCCAGCCGGCAGCGGUGGAGGCGGGACCACCAACCCAGGCUCAGCCAAUAGAGCCUCCAAUACCCUCACCCCGCAAAGAACCACCACCUGCCCCAUCACCCCGCAGGGUAUUUAGCACAGACUCCCGUGAGAGAGCAGAGAGAGCACAGUCCGUCACUGAAGAAACCCUCCCUAAACCACGGCCCCGCAUGAAGCCCUCGCCUCAGCGUCGCGCAGUCUCUGUUCAUGAAGACUCCCUACUCCAGCACGCUGCCCUACUUGACCCUGAGGAGCUGAAAGCUGCAUUACCACGGCUGCAGAGGUCACCGGUGCGGAAGCGGGUGAACCUGGGGGAGCUGGAGCCCUGCUCAGAGGAUUUACCCGAGAGUGAAGAAGCUAAGACUGAUGGAAGGGGAGAUCACACUGAACAGGCCGGUGAAACAGACAGCACCGCGGUCAGCGAGAGCCCAGCAGAAGCCACUGGGAGCACGACCAGGGCAGGGGCUGAAACUGGACCUGAAGAAGAGGACAGCAAGCAGGAGCGGGACGAGAUGACAUCAGAUCAAGAUCAGCAGCACACAGCGCAGGGAGAAACAUCAGACCAAAGAACUGAAACCCCCUCACCUGAGACAAACAUGGACUGACCCCCUGCGCGCAAUCUAUUUUCUAUCAUGUCUACCUUUGCCUUGCACGUCAGAUUAUGUACAAAAGAAUGAAUUAUGAACAAAUGCGUUUUAAAAAAACAAAAGAGAGAGAGCAAAUCGAUACAUAUACUUGUUAAUAAUUAUUAAAAAGUGAAUUCUGUUGUGUCA